GCAAGACCGUAAUGGCGGGAGCGAAAGAAAGAAAAGAGAUAGAGACAUAAAAACGCACAUAUAUAUACGUGACUAUAAAACAAAUGUAGACAAACAUUUAUAUAAAUGUCAGUACGUGCAUAAGUAAUACGUAUAUGGUGACAGACCGUGUGUAUUCUUACACAAUAUGGUGUAGUUUAAGGAAAUUGGUAAACUUUGAAGACAUUUCCUAACUUAUUUUAAUCCUAGAGGAGAACUAUUUCUUCGAAAUAUCUUCUAUCUUAGAUAAAUAUUUGCUGGCAAUGAAAUUGAACAACACUGGUGUUGGCACUGGACAUACAUUUUUUCAUAUGCAGUGACGUGGGUUUUAAGCGGCAUCCAGAUCCAGUAAGCAGACGACCGCGUGCGGAUUUUGGAUCCAAUGCAGGGAAAUUUAAGAGUCAAAUAAAUCUAAUAAUUAUUAUUAUCAUAAUAAUAAUAAUAAUAAUAAUAAUAAUAGUAACCAGAUAACUAAAGUCAAUUGCUUAUCGUUACAGUUCACCAGCCUACCUGCUUGCUCGCCGGUCUAUCCGUCCGCCUGUCUAUCCGUCCGCCUGUCUAACCUUUAAAGAAUUCGGAUUAAAAGCUGCUUUAUCUUCGUCCAUGAAAGCAGCAGCAGAUUGCAGAGUCGAGUUAAAUAUUUGAUAAGGGAAGAAACUGCAGUCUUUGACGUCAAACUGAAGAAUAAAACAUCAAGAUGAAUAUCAGUGGUAACAUCACUUUUAACAACAGUAUAAGCAGCUUCUGUCUGCCGGGCAGCACAGUUAAACAAAAAGACAUAUCACGCCUGGUGCAUAUGUUCCAGGCCCCUAGUCCAGCACCCGUCAUUGCCAUACAUGAAAUAGUCUUGAAAAUAAGUUUGUAUGUUGUAGCAUUCAUCAUGGAUAUUGUUGGUAACGUGCUGGUUAUGUUAAUUAUCUACCUCAACAAACGGAUGCACUGCACAACCAAUUAUCUUAUCAUGAAUCUGGCAAUUUCAGACAUUUUGGUUGGAUUGUUCUGUAUGUGGGUCCACAUCGGUAAUCAAAUCACUCCAGAAUGGCCGUUCGGUGAUUUGGUCUGUAAAGUCAACACAUUUAUUCAAGUGAUUGCAGUAACGUUAAGCGUUCUCAGUCUGACCACAAUAUCAGCCGACCGUUUCAUGGCUAUCGUCUUCCCGCUUCGCAGUAGAAUGUCUUCUACGAAAGCCAGCAUCGUCAUUAGUAUGAUCUGGUUUAUAUCAAUCAGUGUUGCUGCGCCACAACUUAUCGUUCGACAACAAUCUGAAUUUACUUGGGCUGACCGCCACGAGAUUUAUUGCGAUGAAGUCUGGCCAACCGUAUAUAUAAAUACCAAAUGCGAAACUGACCAGCCUGUCCGCAAGAUUUACUAUAUAAUCUUUAUACUUGUUCUAUAUUUUAUCCCCAUUCUGGUCAUGAUAGUCGCCUAUUCGAUCAUAGUGUUAACCUUGAUGAAACGCAAAGCCCCUGGUGUUGCCAUUUUGUCCACAACCUUGGCCCAAGAAAAGUCUAAGAGAAAGGUUAUAAAGAUGCUGAUCAUCGUAUUAAUUGUCUUUAUUCUUUGCUGGUCACCUCAACAGAUACUGUUGCUAUGGGGACUCUUCCGUUCUAAGAAACAAUGCGAAAUAUUGAGAGAACAUCAUCAGGGAUCGGAGAAAGACAUUCCUCCAGGUGUCGCUCAAAAUUCAAAAUGCUGCACAAAUCCGGUACAAAUUCUUCAUGGUUCAAAACGUUUCUUACUUUUUACUCACCCUGAUAUUCCACGUUCAGGAGCAGAUUCCAUACGAGAGUUUCUCUUCAAAUAUAGCCCCGACCUUACUCAGAGCUUUUCGUAUAAUUACUUUUUGGUCGAGUGUGAGUCUGAAGACUGUGGUCAAGAAUUUGAUGUGAAAAGAUUGCAGCCAACAAUGAAACACGGCAUCUAUUCUCUGAUGGUCUGGGAAACAAUGGUUGAUCAGAGCUGGUGGAGUGUGAGGGAAGCAUAA